AUGGCGAGGGAAAGGCUGGCUGCGAGAUGGAGCCCAAGGCGCCCCCUACCAGUUGGCGAAAGACAACGUGAGGCUCGUCUGCGCGCCCUAGGGGCCCUCGUGGAGAGGAUAAAGGCCAUGAUUCGGACUGCAAGAAGUGCCUCAGCUGCGGCCAAAAAGAGGGCAUUUGAGAUCUUAAAGAACUCCUCGUCAGUCCUAGCUGAUGUUGCACCGAGCAAAACGGAAUGGCUUGCAUUGCGGAAACAGAGUCGACAGCUACUGGAGGCAGCUGAAAGAACACGUGACGCAUACCAGCGCAUCGAUUUCGACGACGACCGCGACGACGAGAAUGGUGAUGAGGAUGAUGACAGACUGGAGCAUGAGGAGGAGUUGGAGAAGGAAGUUGCUGUUCUACAGUCCCGUGUGAAGAAGAUGGAAAAAUUACUGGAUGAGACUGGGCGACGGACUAUAGGGAGGGAGGCAGUUGCCAAUGACAGAGAUUAA